CGGCCAGUCCUGCGCGCACACGCGGGUGCGCAGAGACGCACACCCACUUCACUUCCCAAGGGAAAGCUCACUCUUCGGUAGACCAGAGCCAAAGGCCAAAGCUACGCGGAUUCCUGAGCGCGCGGUUGCAGUGCAAGGACUCACUCCCCAACUCCCUUCCUAACGACUAGCCGGUGGAUGGUGAACCCAAAUCUCCCUCUUCGUGGCCGCUCUCUUCUUAGCAGGCUUUGGGGGAAAUGCUGAGGCCACCGGACCCUAACCGGUAGGAAAGUACUGAGUUCGUUGGGGUCCGAGGUCGUGUCCUGCCUCCUGUGUCGGAGCUGGGAGUUCUUCAGCCGCACGGGGGCAGCGAGCCCCUGCCAAGCCCCGGGGGGCAGGGAAGCGGCAGCUGCCAGCGUUUAUAACCCCCGAAGUGACCCGCGAGGGCCUGGCCCGCCCCUCCCCCUCCCGCAGGCCCGGAGGCGAGAAGCGGGUCCCGAGCUGCAGGGGGGAGAGAGGCUCCGGCUCCUCACUAGCCCCUGUCAGUGCGCUCUGGCCGGCCGGGGGCGCCGCGGGCUCUGGGUCCCUCGCUCCUCCUGCGCUCCUGGGAGCGCUCCUAGUGCCUCUUUAGCGGGAGCCAAUAUCCUUUUGUGCUAAUAGGUUUGUCCUCAUUUGCUGCCUAAUUGGACUAUAUAAAGCCAAUAACAGGCGGGCUCUUAUAGCCCGAAGCCAAAGCGCCAAAAUCCGAGGGAAGGCGAGGAGGGGGCGGUGGCGGAGGCGGCUGCGGGGCCGGGGUUCGGCUGCGCCUUCGUCUGCCUAAUCCCAUUUGCCAUUGUACGCGCCCAAUCGCCGUAUACUCCCCGCAUUUAACUUGGAUGACAUUUUGAUUUCAUCAUUAGCAUCCGGCGCCGGAUUGACGCAGCCCCAAGCCGGGGACUGUUCUUGCUGCCUCCUCCCCGGGAGCUGCAGCCGCCGCUGAGCCGCCUCGCUCCCUCGGUGCCGCGGCAGGGCAGCUCCCCGCCCCUCAGGACCCCUCCCCCAUGCGAGCCCGCCCCGGCCCGGUCCUCACCCCGCCCUCCCGCGGCUCGAUUUGCGCCCGGGGCGGCCCCCGACUUUGCGCCCCGUAGUUGAGUUCCGUUUAUGGUCUGAUUUCCGGCCGCUUGCCUGCUCGCUCGGCCGCCCGCCCGUCCCGCUCCCUCCCUCCCGAGGACCCGGAGGAGAGGGGACCAUGCCGGAGCCCGGGCCGGAUGCCUCCGGCACUGCCAGCGCGCAGCCCCCGCCUCCGCCGCCCCCGCCUCCUGCGCCCAAGGAGUCCCCGUUCUCCAUCAAGAACCUGCUCAACGGAGACCACCACCGGCCACCCCCUAAGCCGCAGCCGCCCCCACGGACGCUCUUCGCACCGGCCUCGGCCGCCGCCGCCGCUGCCGCCGCCGCAGCCGCCGCAGCCAAGGGGGCCCUGGAGGGUGCCGCGGGCUUCGCGCUCUCGCAGGUGGGCGACCUGGCUUUCCCCCGCUUUGAGAUCCCAGCGCAGAGGUUUGCCCUGCCUGCGCACUACCUGGAGCGCUCCCCGGCCUGGUGGUACCCCUACACCCUGACCCCCGCCGGCGGCCACCUCCCGCGACCUGAAGCUUCGGAAAAGGCUCUCCUGCGAGACUCCUCCCCAGCCUCUGGCACGGACCGCGACUCCCCCGAGCCUCUGCUCAAGGCUGACCCCGACCACAAGGAGCUGGACUCCAAGAGCCCGGACGAGAUCAUUCUGGAGGAGAGCGACUCCGAGGAAGGCAAGAAGGAGGGCGAGGCGGCUCCGGGCGCGGCCGGGGCGAACGUGGGGGCGGCGGCCGCGACGCCGGGCGCCGAGGACUGGAAGAAGGGCGCCGAGAGUCCCGAGAAGAAACCCGCGUGUCGCAAGAAAAAGACGCGCACCGUCUUCUCGCGCAGCCAGGUCUUCCAGCUCGAGUCCACCUUCGACAUGAAGCGGUACCUGAGCAGCUCCGAGCGCGCCGGCCUGGCCGCGUCGCUGCACCUCACUGAGACGCAGGUCAAGAUCUGGUUCCAGAAUCGCCGCAACAAGUGGAAGCGGCAGCUGGCCGCGGAGCUGGAGGCCGCCAAUUUGAGCCACGCGGCAGCGCAGCGCAUAGUGCGCGUGCCAAUUCUCUACCACGAGAACUCGGCGGCCGAGGGCGCAGCGGCUGCGGCCGCAGGGGCCCCCGUGCCGGUCAGCCAGCCGCUGCUCACCUUCCCGCACCCGGUCUACUACUCGCACCCGGUGGUUUCAUCCGUGCCACUGCUACGGCCGGUCUGAGGCCCGAGAGGGGAGGGGAAGGGAGUGCCCGGCCACCUUCCCAGACCCCAGAGGAGACUGGGCCGGGCCGAGGGCGGCGAGACGUCCGGCGGCCUUGGGAACGGGGCUUCGGCGCGCUGCCUGGCCUCCCCUCCCCCAAUCGGUAGAGUUUUGUAAGUAUUUGCAAUGUAUUUUCGUGCAAUUCAUCCCUAAUGGAUUUGAGGCGCUUCUCCUCCUCCUUUUGGUUGUGGUUACUAAUUAGGAAAAAGACAAAAUUCCCAGGUCAAACAUUCCCACUAAAAGCUUUUGUAGCGGGUGCAGCCCUUCCCCUAACUUUGCAUUGAGCAGUGACUUUUGGGUUUUAUUUUUAUAGAAGGAAAAUAAGCCCCAAACCCUAAUCCCUCUAGUUCAUUCAUUUUCUUUUGAGCGAUUUUCAGAGUCCAGAAAGAGAAAGAAUUCAUGGUAGUGCUUUUAUUUCUGGAGUUCUGGGUGUGGUUCUUCCUCCACACUUCUUGCGUUUUCAGAGUCUGAGCAGCCUCUCGUGGGAACCCCUACUCCUAGCUUUUCUCGCCUUGAGAGGUCUGUGGCAAUGAAUAUCUUCAUCUAUCUCCCUUUGUGACCAAGAAUUCUCUACUGAAGUGUUUAAGGAGAAAAAAUACAAAACAGCCCAAAAUCAGAACUCUGAAAAUUGAAAUAGCUCCACAUCUGGCGUGGUUUGAAUAGUCUUAUUUAUUAGUAGCGUUUAUUUGGGGGAAUUUCACUUGUCAGUAAAUUAUUGAUAUUACUAUUAUUAUUUUAUUCCCUAUUUUGAGAGAAUGGUUUUGAUGUUUUUUUAAAACUUAUCUUUUAUCCUCUCCUCCUACCUUUUUGUUCUGCAGUAACUAUUGUACUUUGACCUGUGCAAUACUAUACAAAAUUUCCUGAGAUCCCUGCUCCUUCCUCUAAGAGGGAAGCAGAUCUUUUUGCAGUAUAAUUGCAGUCAUUCCUCUAGAAAGAGAAAAUUAAGCAGAGGGGAAGAGGAAAGGAAGAAAACAAGGAUAGGUAGCAAUGUUCAAAGGAGUAAGUUAGGCAUACUGGAGCGCUUUAAGUGAAGGACAAUCAAUUUAGGAGAAUUUUAACUUAUUUGAUAAAUGUACAGAUUUCUUGUAAAAUUCACCCUCAAAAUCCGCAGGGCUCCUUGCUCUGCCAUCCAAUCUUGUUUUCUUUCUGUCGGCUACACCUGUUGUUCUGCAGUAGUUUGUUUCCCUUCAUCCCCCUCUUUUCCUGGGUUCAGACCCUUUUUAAGAAAAUGAAAAAACCCACAAAAUAUUGUUACACUUAAUGUUGUCGUGAAACUGAAUUAAUUAAAAAGAAAAGAACGAAGUUUUCAUGUUGCCAGAGUGUGUAACUUUGGAUGAUUUUUCCCAGAGCAGGUGUCUCUUUUCUGUCUCCCUCUGGCUGCCUCUGAACUAAGUCCGACCUGGAGGCACACCCCUAUAAUCCAGCAGGCGGCGGAGACAGAGGCGGCUUUGUUCGCGUCCAGGGGCGCUCUCUCCCCAGUAUCUUCCGCGGCUUGAAGUGCCUUGGGAGUAGGGAAGAAUGGGGCGCGAAAGGGAAAAGACCUAGGUUUAUCUAGCUUGCGAAAUUGAGCAAAGCGACAGCUUUGAGCUUAAAGACGGUAUUUUUAAACGCAGAGCUACAGCCUAGCGUUUUGUUCCCAAACCACUGUUCCUUCAAGAGUCGCGACUUUCUGGGCAGAGGGUCCUUGGGAUGUCUGGCUAGGAGUGUAGUGGCUCUGGUUGUUUCAGGGGUGUUGGGGGGAAUGAGAGGGUGAAUUGAGAAUUUAGCUUGGGGCCGGAGGCCAAUUGCCAAAACCACCUGGGAGACCCGGGCCUCGGCAAGCCCUCUGGGGAAGCCCACCAACUCUUGGCAUGGCAGCUCCCACUUCUAGGGGAGGGAGCUUCAGCAAGGCUUGGGAGAACUGCCGCCCCUGUGGCUGCUUGGAAUUGGGCGCUGUCCUCAUAGGCCAAGGGCCAGGGACCCGAAGCCACCUAGCUAUGAUAGCCGCAAUGGAGAGAACCGUGUCCCCUCCCGGGCAACCUUUCUCUGUCCACCGGCGCCCAAAGCAUCGAGGACAGCCUUUCGGAGCCCCCUGUCCUGGCCGGCGCCAAGCUAGCCGCUCCCGCGGGCUGCUUGGCGCCGGCCCACCACCCGUCGCUGGUGGGCAGCUGGAGAGGGAAGGCGCUGCUGCCGCCUGCAAGAGCUGGUCGGCCCAGGGGAAGCCAGGUGCUUGGGAGGUCCUCGCCAACCAGCGUGGUUGCCUGCCUUCAAGCUGAGGGUGUCCCUGCAUACUCCUGGCAGCGCACGUUUGAAGCUGGGGAGCCGAAAGGGGGAGAUGAGGAACCCGAAGCUAAGAAGAUUUCUGAGAGCACGCGGCAGGACACCACCGCUGGGGAGCGCCUGCCUGCGCUGCCUCCUUCCAGGGCGUUCCAAGCUCCUCAAACUCAAUCGUCACAAUUGAGUCUACUGUGGCUGAAACGUGGAGUAUCGUUUUCCGUUGAUGGAAAACUGCUCCCAAAUAAACCGGCAUGCGUAUUUAUGGCAAAAUUUUAGCCCGGACCCCAGUGAAGAUAGAUUUCCCUUUAUUUCCCUCUGGUUUGGAAUAAAAACGAGGGCAUGUGUCGUAAUUGAAAAAUAAACAGAAAUUCGGGGUCAAAAUA